CCGGGCCAGUUUGCACCUGGAAAGAGAAGGCGGCUGCUGGAGGGACGGAGCGGGGCCGCUGCGCUCAGAGCCUGCCACGAGGAAGCGAUGGAAAGCCCAGGGAAGGGCAGCCCCGGCGGGAAGAUGACAGCCAUGGCUCGCAGCCUGUCCCAAUUAAUGGAUUCUGACAUGGAUUAUGAGAGGCCAAACGUAGAAACCAUCAAGUGCGUCGUGGUCGGGGACAACGCGGUGGGCAAGACCCGGCUCAUCUGUGCCCGCGCCUGCAACGCCACCUUGACCCAGUACCAGCUGCUGGCCACCCACGUGCCCACGGUGUGGGCCAUCGACCAGUACCGCGUCUGCCAGGAGGUGCUGGAGCGCUCCCGGGAUGUGGUAGACGAUGUCAGCGUGUCCUUGCGCCUCUGGGACACUUUUGGUGACCACCACAAGGACAGGCGCUUUGCCUACGGCAGGUCCGACGUUGUGGUUUUGUGCUUCUCCAUCGCCAACCCCAACUCCCUGCACCAUGUGAAGACCAUGUGGUACCCGGAGAUCAAACACUUCUGUCCCCGCGCCCCCGUCAUCCUGGUGGGCUGCCAGCUCGACCUGCGCUACGCCGACCUGGAGGCCGUCAACCGGGCGCGGCGCCCCUUGGCCAGGCCAAUUAAGCCUAAUGAGAUUCUCCCCCCGGAGAAGGGCAGGGAGGUGGCCAAGGAGCUGGGGAUCCCUUAUUACGAGACCAGCGUGGUGGCCCAGUUCGGCGUCAAGGACGUCUUUGACAACGCCAUCCGCGCCGCCCUCAUCUCCCGCCGCCACCUGCAGUUCUGGAAGUCCCACCUGCGCAACGUGCAGCGGCCCCUGCUCCAAGCCCCCUUCCUCCCCCCCAAACCCCCUCCUCCGGUCAUCAUCGUCCCAGACCCCCCUUCCAACAACGAGGAGCGUCCGGCCCACCUCCUGGAGGACCCCCUGUGCGCGGACGUCAUCCUGGUGCUGCAAGAGAAGAUCAAAAUCUACGCACACAAGAUCUACCUCUCCACUUCCUCCUCCAAGUUCUACGACCUGUUCCUCAUGGACCUGAGCGAGGAGGACCAGCAGAGCGCGGCGGCGGGGCACGGGCACGUCGCGGCGGCCGCCGAGAGGAUGCUGCACCAGGAGGAGAGGCACCACGGGCGGGAUUUCCUCCUGCGAGCCGCCAGCUUCGACAUCUGCGAGAGCGCCGAGGAGGCCGGACCCGGCCAGCGCCAACCGUGCCUUAGAGCCUCCACCAGUGACGGCAUCCUGCGGGGAAACCGCUACGAGGGCGGCGAGCGCGGGCUGCGCCGGGGCCGCAACCUCUCCUCGUGGAGCCGGGCUUUCACCAGCAUCCAGGAGGAGAUGGCCGAAGACCCGCUGACCUACAAGUCCAAGCUGAUGGUGGUGGUGAAGAUGGACUCGUCCAUCCAGCCAGGUCCUUUCCGGGCCGUGCUGAAGUACCUGUACACGGGAGAGCUGGACGAGAACGAGCGGGACCUGAUGCACAUCGCCCACAUCGCCGAGCUGCUGGAGGUGUUCGACCUGCGCAUGAUGGUGGCCAACAUCCUCAACAACGAGGCGUUCAUGAACCAGGAGAUCACCAAAGCCUUCCACGUCCGCAGGACCAACCGCGUGAAGGAAUGCCUGGCCAAGGGGACCUUCUCAGAUGUCACCUUCGUGCUGGAUGACGGUGCUAUCAGUGCCCACAAGCCCCUGCUCAUCUCCAGCUGCGACUGGAUGGCCGCGAUGUUCGGCGGCCCCUUCGUGGAGAGCUCCACCAACGAGGUGGCACUUCCUCACACCAGCAAGAGCUGCAUGCGGGCGGUGCUGGAGUACCUGUACACGGGGCAGUUCAGCUCCAGCCCCGACCUGGACGACAUGAAGCUCAUCAUCCUCGCCAACCGCCUCUGCCUGCCACGGGGGGGGGCCCGUGCAGAGCAGUACACGGUCACCGGGCUGAUGGAGGCGGCGCAGAUGAUGGUGGACAUCGAUGGGGACGUGCUGGUGUUCCUGGAGCUGGCUCAGUUCCACUGCGCCUACCAGCUCGCCGACUGGUGCCUGCACCACAUCUGCACCAACUACAACAACGUCUGCCGCAAGUUCCCCCGCGACAUGAAAGCCAUGUCGGGAGAGAACCAGGAGUACUUCGAGAAGCACCGCUGGCCGCCGGUGUGGUACCUGAAGGAGGAGGAUCACUACCAGCGGGCGAAGAAGGAGCGGGAGAAGGAAGAUUACCUGCACCUCAAGCGGCAGCCCAAGAGGCGCUGGCUCUUCUGGAACGCCUCCUCCUCCCCUUCUUCCUCUCCUUCAUCGUCGGCAGCCACAGCCUCCUCUUCCUCCUCCUCCUCCUCCUCCUCGGCUGUGGUUUGAAAGCCCCAGCGAGACGGGGAGGAGGAGGAGGAGGAGGAGGAGGAAGGGUGGGAUGCCCUGCCCCAGCGCCAGGCGUGGAGCGGCACAAGCCCCGCAGCGCAGGCGGUGGCCACUGGGGAGGGGCUCAGGGCCACUGGG